AUGAAGAUGAAAUGUGAAGGAAUAUUAGAUGGAGCAUUUUCUGAAUGCUUUUUCCUUUCUUUAUUCCCUCUUGAAAUCUCAUGUGUUAAUUUUAGUAACAAAAAAUUUUCACAUAAUUUCAUUAACCAGACUAUUAUACCAAAUAAACACCCGCCUAUAUUAUAUAAUCCGAUAACUAACCAUGAAGAAGAUGGAAAGGAAAUUGGAUAUAAAGUUGAUAAGUUUAAAUUGGAAGGAGUUCCAAGAUUAUAUGGGUGGAUGAUGGAGAACUUCUCUAGGGUUAGAAUACCCCUAGAUGAUUCUGAAAUAAGUAAAGGAGUUGAUUACUUUUACGUUGAUAUGAACGCUGUUAUACAUUCUGCAACUCACGGGAAUAUUUUCCCGAUCCUAAUGAUGGAAGAUCAGCAAAGAAUGAGAAGAAUAGUAGCCGCUUUGUUAAAUACGUUUAACCUUGUGAAACCCAAGAAGAUGAUGUAUAUUGGAGUUGACGGAGUGUGUCCUUCAGCUAAAAUCAAUCAACAGCGUACAAGAAGAUUUAGGCUCUACAAAUCUAGCAAUUCUGAUAAUGAAUACUAUAAAGUAGAAGAUGGAAAAAUGAAAUAUAAAGUUAAUAAGUUAAAAAUCGGAGCAUACGAUAAUGUGUCAUUUAACCCAAGUUAUAUAUCACCAGGGACACAGUUCAUGUCAAUGAUGGAUUCAGAGAUUAGGAACUGGAUAGCACUUCAAAAUUAUGAAGGAACUUGGAAUGACUGUUAUAUUGUUUAUAAUGGAACAGAUGUACCAGGUGAAGGUGAACAUAAAAUUUAUGAUACAAUUCGUAAAAUGCUGGAGUUGGACCCCGAUGUAAGGAAUUCAACACAUUUGGUAUAUGGACUGGACGCAGAUUUGGUAAUGCUAUCGCUAAUUACAAAAUUACCAAAAAUGUAUAUUUUAAGAGAAGAAUAUAGUUACACACCUCACAUUUUGUCAAAAGAGAAACCGGAUCCUUACUAUUCCAAAAAAACAGGGCUUUUGCAUAUACAUGGAAAGGACUUUAUAGAUUUAAAAUCCAACAAUUAUGAAGUGCUGUCAAUGAAUCUUCUUAGAAAGACCAUGUAUUCAAGGUGUAUGAGUAUUUCUGGAUCAGUAAAGAAUGAUUUGAACCGCUUCCUGUUUAUCCCAAACGCAAAAAACAGACUCACAGAUGAUUUCUCAUUACUGUCAUUUAUGGCGGGUAGAAAUGACUUUCUACCACAUUUGCCAAGUGUGGAACUGUGUAACAGUAGCUUCAACGAUCUCAUAAAUAUGUACUAUAAAAUGUUGCCCAAAUUAAGAGGCUUUUUAACACUAAACUACAAAAUUAAUAUGUCAAGAUUACAAUUACUAAUGAAGGAAUUGUGUAAAAAAGAAUUUGAUUACUUCAAGAUGAAAUCGGUUUCUGAGAAAAUAAGUGACUACAGUGACCCGAAGAAAUACGCCAAAUACUAUUAUGAAAAUAAAUGCGAUAUUGAUUUCAACAAUAAAAAGGCAAUAAGGAAAAUGUGUUAUAAAUAUCACUAUGCGCCGUUGGUAUCAGACUUGGCGAAGAUUUCUGGAACUACAAUUAAGUUCUAUAAAGGAGAACCAAUAACACCACUGGAACAUUUAUUGGCAAUUACACCUCCAAAUAAUUCACAGCUUCUUCCGCCAGUUUAUAGGAGUUUGAGUGGUCCGGACGGUAGUUUGUGUCAAUAUUUUCCAGAAGACUUUGAAAUUUGUCAGGACGGGAAGGAUAAUGAGUGGGAACACGUUGUGAAAUUACCCUUUCUGGACACCAAACACCUGUGUCAAGUAGCCAGAAGCGUUAACGAUGAGCUUAAAUACAACAAUUUGUACAAGUAA